GAUAUUAGUGGGUCAAAUCACUCUUAUAACCUCAACCUUGAUUGUGUUAUCUCAAGAACGUUUUCAUUGAAAAAACUUCAUUUGGUCGGAUCGGGCCGAAAGCUAUCAACCCUUUCGUAACCCGAACAAGUGUCAUUUUGAAAUAAUACAGAAAGUUCGGUCGGCGCAUGUGUGUCGAACUUAGAAGAACAAGUUUCUCCUAUUGUUUUGUUUUGUGAGUUUUUCAAUCUUGCUCAAAUGACCGUGACAGUGGGUUUAGUUCUAUUCGCCUUAUUUUCAUGUACCUCAGAAAAUCCAACGAACGUGUGCCAGCCCAACUUUGAUUGCCUAUCCACAUCCGAUUGCCAAAUUAAUUUCGACGAUUAUGUAGUGUAUCCGUGCAAUCGGGGCAAGAAAAUAUGCUGCCCUAUCCUGGAAAAUCGUCCCUUGACUAGUAAAAUAACGAACGAGUACGAAUUUAUAACCACAACAGAUAGAUUCGACUACAGUACCAAGGGCAACUUCGGAAAAACAAAUAAUUUUCAGCAGAAUUUAGGACAGAAUCAAGUGCAAGAUUUAAAUGUUAUUAAAAACGUUGAUAAAAGUACUCAAUACGAGGAAAACCAAGAGUUUUCGCGGAAUGCAAGCCUGAGUGGCUCCAUAUCGAAUAGACCAGUGUUCAAUUAUUAUCCCAACGAUCCGAAAACAACAACCAGAAUACCAAUUUCUGCGGAACCUUUUGAACACGUCAGAUUCAAUAUUCCGGAUUACAAUACAGUAGAUAAUCGAACUUAUCCAGGAAAAACUGAAAAUGUGGAACAAACUGUUGAAGAGAGGGAUAAUUACCCAGUUAUAAGAAGGAGGAAACCUUUCAAAGAAAAUUGCGGAUUGACAUUCGCAGAUAAUAAAGUAACUGGAGGAAAAGUAGCAGAAAUUGGACAGUUUCCAUGGAUGGCACUGCUGGCCUUUAGACAGGCUGCUCAACCAGAUCCUCAAUUUUUAUGCGGUGGUUCUCUAAUAACGACCAGGCAUGUCUUGACAGCAGCACACUGUAUCAUCGAAAACAGACCUCUAGAAUUAGUUUUCGUCAGGCUUGGAGAGUACAAUCUUAGUACAGGAAGGGAUUGUGUUAGUUUUGGAGAUGACCGAAUUAUAUGUGCUGAUCAACAUGUGGAUGUACCAGUUGAACAGGUUACGGUGCACCCCGAAUAUAACAGAAGAACGCUUAAAAAUGACAUUGCACUCAUAAGAUUGAGAUACGAAGUGCGAGAAACAGAUUAUGUGAGAGCAAUCUGCUUGCCGUUCGAUAAGAAUUGGUCAUAUUCGGAUCUGACAGCUCAGAAUUUCACUGUUAGUGGUUGGGGCAAAACCCAGUCAGGAAACCUCUUUGGCUCGGACAUCCUUCAAUUUGCCAAGGUGACGACCUGGGAUCAGCAUAAAUGCAAUAGCUCCAUUCCUACCCAAGUGAAACCUCUCAGUGAUACGCAGAUAUGUGCUAAUGGUCAAAAUACAGAAGAUGCAUGUAAAGGUGACAGCGGAGGACCUUUGAUGAAUAUAACACUCGAUAAGAGUUUAGAAGUGAGACAUAUUCAGUUUGGAAUUGUCUCGUUCGGUACAGCAACUUGUGGAGAUAAGAACUUACCCACCAUCUACACCAGGGUCGACAAAUAUCUUAAAUGGAUAUUAGAUACUGUCACUUGAAAAUCAAUAAUAUAUUAUUGCCUCGUAAGAAA